UUUUUCAUUAUUGCCUCAAAUCACAGAGGGGGUCAUGUGCGGGGUGGCGUAGAUCACGCUUGAUAGUCACGCACGUCAAUCUGUGCAAGCACGGCGAUGAGUCUGUUUCGUUGGGUAGACGAUACUGGUUAUUUUCUUGCGUUGUCGUUUUAUAUUUACGAAGAAUACAAUGAUAUAGCACACUCUUAUAUUAAAAACCUCAUACCGAGCUGUGCUGGAUCAAAGAGAACACGUAUUCUCUUCGAAGUGCUGAUAACUUUCAACUUCAGUUACAACAUUCAGAUGUUCUCAUGAAACAUUUUUCCUUGGAAUAAUAUUGCACGACUUGAGAGAAACUCCAAACCUUUGUCAAUGUUCAGGUCAACUUUUAAGAAAGAAAAUUCUAUUGCUCCAAAAUACUUUUCAUUUGGCAGAUGGAAUUUAAAACUGAGCUAAGAUGUAUGACCAGCCAAUUAAAUAAUGAUUUAUACCGAAUAGGCAUUUUUAGAAUUCAAAUUGUUACUGUGGGGAUCGAUCAAUGUGAAAACUUAUUUCAUUACUUUUUAAAAAUGCAAUUUGUAUUCUCGCCAUCGAAAUGAUUUGUCAACAAUAUAUUUGAAUAAUAUAGCUGUGACCAGAUCUCGGUUUGAUAUCAAGUUAGUUUUGUAUGGCAAAGCUUCUGUCAGUAAGUAGAAAUGAUUGUAUACAUCUCAUAAUGUUUAGUUGUUUAUCUAUCAAACAAAAAGAUGCACUACGUACCAAUAACGUACAUGCAUCACAUCUUAAUGAUUCUAUUCUCCAUCUCUAUCCCCUCUUUCUGCCUAUUGUACAUAUUGUAAUUGGAUGUUGUAAAUAGUAUGGAGAAUGCGCUCGAUGGACAAUGUACUCAAUUCAUUUCACUAAAUACUGUGAACAAAACAUGCUUAAAACGAAACAAACACACACUCUAGAACUGAUAUUCACCUUGCUCAUUCUGACUAAGAACCCUGGAAGUCCUCUUUGUUAAGAACCGGGUCAUGAAGCCACAAGAACUCAGAUUUUUUAUUCACGCUCAGCAAUAUGAUAACGUGCGACACGCAGAACGAUGGCUGUUAUCAAUACGCCAUAGCACUUGGCCUCAUGUAGGAAACACUUGUUGUUAUCAGAACAUGUAAUUAGUAUGCUGCAAGCGAUUAGAGUUGUUCAGACCAUCACGCGACGUGACGUGAUGGGAUAUUCGCGGUUUGUACUCGGGGAUGGAGACACAAGCACAGCAACACGUUGUAUGAAGCAACACCGAACGUCGUGCAAGAACGGUGAAGAUGGUGAUUUAUCGCCUGGUUCUCGGUGUUUUGAAACACUCACGGUCAUCACUCACUCAUUAUCCGAUGAAGGAGACCUGCUCUUUAUCAACGUUUGCUACGCAUACUUCAGAUAAGCCCAAAAAAGCCAAUCUAGUGCUCCAAAAUGGCAGCCGCUUCCAAGGUUACUCAUUUGGUUAUGAGAGCCCUGCAUCAGGGGAGGUUGUUUUCAACACUGGACUCGUCGGAUAUCCCGAAGCACUGACUGAUCCAAGUUACAGAGGUCAGAUUCUAACACUUACCUACCCAAUCAUCGGCAACUAUGGAGUUCCGGACACAGAACUACUUGACUGUUAUGGACUUCGGAGAUAUGUAGAGUCGGAGAAUAUCCAAGUGAGUGGUCUGAUUGUUCAGGACUACACCGACCAACAUAGCCACUGGAAUGCUGUGAAAUCUUUGUCCCAGUGGCUGAAGGAAGAACACAUCCCUGCCCUGUAUGGUAUCGACACGCGGAUGAUUACAAAGAUAAUCAGAGAUGAGGGGACUAUUCUUGGUAAUAUUGAGUUUGAUGGAAGGGAGGUGGAAUUUGAUGACCCUAAUCUUCGCAAUCUGAUGGCUGAAGUUUCCACAAAGGAGAUACGUGUUUACGGCAAAGGAAAUCCCAUCCGCAUCUUGGCCUUGGAUUGUGGCGUGAAACACAACAUGUUGCGGAAUCUUGUCAAGAGAGGAGCAGAGGUCCGACUGGUGCCCUGGGAUUAUGACUUUACGAACGACGCCUAUGAUGGAUUAUUUAUUUCUAAUGGCCCCGGUGAUCCGUCUUUGUCUCUGGAAGCAAUCCAUCAUGUCCAAAAGGUUCUGGAGAGCAGGCCUGAGCCGGUAUUCGGAAUCUGUAUGGGCAACCAAAUUACAGCACUUGCUGCCGGUGCAAAGUCCUACAAAUUACCACUUGGCAACAGGGGCCACAACCAGCCUGUUGUAAACGUCGUUACCAAGCAGGCUUUCAUUACAUCCCAGAACCACGGCUUUGCGAUAGACAGUGAGACUCUCCCAGAGGACUGGGGGGUUCUCUUCGUUAAUGCAAACGAUGGCACAAAUGAGGGUGUCAUGCACAACACCAAACCGAUUUUUACAGCGCAGUUUCACCCUGAGGCCUAUGGAGGACCAACAGACACAGAGUUCCUCUUUGACUACUUCCUGGACCUGAUCAAGACAAAGGAGAAGUACGUAGUGAAUGUCAUGCCUAGCUUCAAGGCCAGACCACAACCCGCGAAGAUGUCCAAAGUUCUUGUGCUAGGCAGUGGUGGGUUGUCAAUUGGACAGGCAGGGGAAUUUGACUACAGCGGUACACAAGCAAUUAAAGCUUUGAAGGAGGAAGACGUGAACACCAUCUUGAUGAACCCCAACAUAGCCUCUGUACAGACUAACGCAGAAGGAGAGAAGCAAGCCGACUCUGUGUACUUCUUGCCAAUUACUCCUGACUUUGUGAGCGAGGUGAUCAGGAGAGAGAGGCCGGAUGGCAUCCUUCUGUCCAUGGGUGGCCAGACCGCCCUCAACUGCGGAGUUGAACUUCAUCGCCAAGGGAUCCUUGAUGAAUAUGGAGUUAAAGUUCUCGGUACCCAGAUAGACAGUAUUAAAGCGACUGAAGACCGGGAGAUAUUUGCUUCCAACCUGAAACAGAUCAAUGAAAAAUUGGCACCUAGCCGCGCCGUUAACAGCCUGAACGCAGCAUUGGCGGCAGCUGACCAUAUCGGCUACCCGGUGAUGGUGAGGGCCGCUUAUGCACUUGGUGGAUUGGGGUCGGGAGUAGCACGUGAUGAAGCCAGUCUUAAGAAGAUUACCUCUGCUGCUCUUGCUGUUACCAGCCAAAUUUUGAUAGAAAAGUCACUAGUUGGAUGGAAGGAAGUAGAGUACGAGGUUGUGAGAGACGCCUUCGACAACUGUAUCACUGUCUGCAACAUGGAAAACCUUGAUCCACUUGGCAUACAUACAGGAGACUCCAUUGUUGUUGCCCCAAGUCAGACUUUGUCAAAUGAAGAAUACCAUAUGCUGCGCGAGACAGCAAUUAAGGUUGUUCGUCACUUUGGCAUCGUUGGAGAGUGCAACAUCCAGUAUGCCCUCCAUCCCCAGUCUAUGGAAUAUUGUAUCAUCGAGAUCAAUGCAAGGUUAUCAAGAAGUUCGGCUCUCGCAUCUAAAGCAACAGGGUAUCCUCUGGCAUUUAUAGCAACGAAACUUGCUCUUGGCAUUGACCUCCCAAGCCUUCAAAACACCACGACCCAAAUGACCACCGCUUGCUUCGAGCCAAGCCUUGAUUACAUAGUAACGAAGAUUCCUCGCUGGGAGAUGGAAAGGUUCCAGCAUGUGUCAAAGGAGAUUGGAAGUGCUAUGAAAAGUGUUGGAGAAGUCAUGGCAAUAGGAAGGACAUUUGAGGAAAGUCUCCAGAAAGCGCUGCGAAUGACACACCCAUCUUGUAUGGGGUUUACAGAGCGCUUGCCAGGGGGAAAACAGUACCCUGCAGAUUUUGAUAUUGACUCAAACUUGCAAAUGCCUAACAACACAAGGAUUCACACAAUAGCGAAGGCCCUUCAAGUCGGCUACACAGUGGACAAAAUACACUCCCUUACCAACAUAGACCGAUGGUUUCUCAACAAACUUCUGGGCAUUAUUGAUGUAGAGAGGAGACUGGAGAAUGUUCAAAAGGCAGAUGUCAAUGCAGAGCUCAUGUUAUGUUUGAAACAGAUGGGAUUUUCGGACAAGCAGAUUGGCUACAUGUUGGGAAUUCAUGAGGCGGAGUGCCGCAGCAUGCGACUGUCUAUGUCAGUAAAACCGUGGAUGAAACAGAUAGACACGCUGGCAGCUGAAUAUCCGGCCCAAACCAACUACCUGUAUUGCACCUAUAAUGGCAUGGAACAUGAUGUAUCCUUCAAGGAUCAUGGCUGCAUGGUUUUGGGAUGCGGCCCGUAUCACAUCGGAAGCAGCGUUGAAUUCGAUUGGUGCGCCGUUUCCUGCAUCAGAACACUGCGGGAUCUUGGAAAGAAAACAGUUGUUGUGAACCAUAAUCCGGAAACUGUCAGCACCGAUUUUGAUGAAUGUGACCGUCUCUACUUCGAAGAAUUGUCUUUGGAAAGGGUACUGGACAUCAACGAACAAGAGCGCUGUGAAGGAGUUAUAGUAUCUGUCGGUGGACAAAUCCCCAACAACUUGGCCCUUCCUCUUCACAAGAGAGGAGUGCGAAUCCUGGGUACAAGCGCACUCAUGAUAGACAACGCUGAAAAUAGACCAGUGUUUUCCGCUAUAUGUGACACUCUUAGCAUCCGCCAGCCUGAGUGGAGGUCCCUCACCAAACUGGAUGAAGCUUUAGACUUUGCUGCAACUGUUGGAUACCCUUGUUUGUUGAGGCCAUCCUACAUUCUCAGUGGCUCAGCAAUGAAUGUGGCGUACACACCUGAGGAGUUGAACGGAUACCUGCAAGAAGCAGCGCAGAUUUCAAACGAAUACCCAGUUGUCAUAACAAAAUUCUACACUGGAUCUCGUGAAGUUGAGAUGGAUGCGAUUGCUUCUGAUGGAGUUAUUGUUAGCCAUGCUGUAAGUGAACAUGUGGAGAACGCUGGUGUUCACAGUGGUGAUGCGACAUUGAUUCUGCCGACACAAACAAUAAGUGAAGAAGCCCUGACUGUGAUCCGUGACAUCACAGAAAAGAUUGCAAUGCACUUUUUGAUUUCUGGGCCAUUCAAUAUUCAGUUUCUUGUGAAGGACAGUGAUGUGAAGGUCAUAGAACUGAAUCUGAGAGCAUCUCGUUCUUUUCCCUUUGUUUCGAAGACGAUUGGGACAGAUUUCAUAGAAAUAGGAACCAAAGUCAUGCUUAAUAAGCCGAUAAAUUUGGAAAAGCUACCAACUCUGAGCACCCCACGACUACCUACAACGUAUGUAGGAAUAAAGGCGCCAAUGUUCUCCUGGCCACGGCUAAAAGACGCUGAUCCUCUGCUGAAGUGUGAGAUGGCAUCAACUGGAGAGGUAGCGUGUUUUGGUAGCACCAAGUAUACUGCAUUUCUCAAAGCUCUUAUGUCUGCUGGAUUCCGCGUUCCUAAGGAGGGCAGCGGUGUCUUGUUAGGAAUGCAGAAAUCAUUCCUUCCCCACUUCCUUCCAAUUGGGAAGAGGCUAUCAUUGUUUGGUUAUCAGAUGUAUGCGACAGAGAAAACAGCUUCUUACCUGAACACGCACUACAUCCCCACAGAAGUAGUCAACUGGCCGCCACCGUCAAAUAGCAGGACGGACCACCCAACAGCAACACGAUUAAUUGAAAAUGGCGAGAUAGACUUGGUGAUCAACCUUCCUAACAAUCACACGACAUAUAACACAGAGAAUUAUCUCAUCAGACGUGCUGCCAUUGACCACGCCGUACCUCUUAUUACCAACUUUGAGGUUGCAAAACUACUCGUUGAAUCACUGGACUAUGUUGGGAACAUCACGGCCAGCAGCCUAUUUGACUACAGAAAAAAUGAUUCCAAGCCCAAAGAAUGACCAACAAGGAAGACCACAUAUAAGAAAAGGACACCAUGCACAUGUUUUCCUUUUCCUUAUGUUAGUGUAUCUUCAACUACAGGAAUUUCAGUUAAAUACUGCUCCUCUUCCCGACUUCCCUCUUCACCAUCAUUUGUUUCUGCAAGUCAUUUUAGGUACUGUGGUAAUUGAGCAAUUUCUGUGAAUGUGAGACAAGCUUACAAUAUAUAUGAGAGACUUCAUAUCAGAUAUACCUCCUUUAUACCCCUGGAGGAUAUUUGGGCAUAUGAUUUGGUUCCAUUUAAUUUUAAAUUGAAGAAGAAUGCUUAUGUACUCAUAUCUUUGGUAUCGAAAAUUGCUUAUGUACACAUGUCGUUUUGUCGAAAUGCUUAUAUACACAUAACUUGAGCAUACUCCCUCACGACUGCAAUGUGCUGGCACUUCAUGUUUGAGACUGAAGGACAUGGAUAUUACACUAGAAAGGAAUAUAACUUACUUAAUAAGAUGGCCAGGGGUAUGGUGUUUUUUUAAAAGUCUCAAUGAAGUAUCACACCCGAAAUGGUGAAUUAGGUGUCAUAGGUGCUUAUGAUCUUCUUAUGCUAGCUUGAGACAUGUCAUCUUCUAGGCUGCAUUUCUACCCCUCUGCCUGAGCAGUCUAUGUGAGAGAUACAACCCUCUGAUGUGCCCAGGUGAUUUACCACCACAACCUAGGUUUAGGAUCUACACCAGUAAAUGUUGCCUCUAAUCAUGUCUACUCUGCUUUACCUUGUAACUGAUAUGAACUACUUGUGAUAAACACUACAUGCAUAUGUAUAUACCUAAGGCACGUGCAUUGUAGUGAUUAAUAUGAGGCGUUUGUAUGAAAUGGGCUGCUUCAAUGUUUAUGCAUUAUGCAAAGAACAUUCCAGUUAAAUCCCUACAUUAGUUUAACCAGAUGUUACGAGCUGAAAGCUGUAGUAGUUUGGUAAGUCAUAUAUAACAUGAUGCUGCUGCAAAACAAUUAAUGUCCGAUCAGUAAUUUUAAUAGAAAUCUUUAUAUACUCACCACCAAAAGAGUGAGCGAGUUUGGUUUUACGCCGCUUAUAGCAAUAUUCCAGCAAUAUCACGGCGUGGGACACCAGAAAGGGGCUUCACACAUUGUACCCAUGUCGGGAUUCGAACCCGGGUCUUCGGCGUGACGAGCGAACGCUUUAACCACUAGGCUACCCGACCGCCCCUACCACCAAUAGAAGCGCGAAUACCAUACAUGUUGGUUAGUAUAUGAUGAACUGCUCAUAUUCAAGAGCUAUUAGAUUGUUUCGAUUCACAUAAGAACAUACUGAUGUGUUAUGCGAACCGACUGUCAUGAUCGCAUCACGUGUGACGUCAUAGAUCCAUGCACCAUUUGUGUGGUGCAGGAUUAGGGUAUAAAGUUUAGAAAUCAAGUGCAUCUCUUCUUAACGUACAUACUUCUCUAUGUUUCUAUGGUUCGCGUUUCUUUUGGUGGUGAGUAUAUAUUUGUAUGACGCACGUCAUGCCUUGCUAAACAUGAAAGAACAUACGCGACAAUAUCCAUGAAAAUGUCCUGUUGUUAUCCCGUACAUAAAUAUCCCGCAUGUGUCGCAUCACUUGAUUAGGAAAGUAGAUAUGUAUCUUCUUAAAAAGUCUAAAGUGAAUUAUUUGUGUAUAAUUAGGGAAUCUGGAAUGCGACAAAAGAGACGUUUGUCGUCGUGCUUCCUAUUGUAUUGAUACACUGUGACAGUUAUGUAUUCAUGGCUCUCCUGAGAGUGUAUAAGUAUUCCACCUGGAAUAAAUCAUUUACUUGC